AUGGCGCAAGUUACCCCAGCUGCAGAUACGACCCAGCGACUCUUUCAGGAGCUCAAAUCCAAGAACGAGGAUACUCGGAAUAGAGCUGCCACCGAGCUUCACGAAAAUAUUAUAGCAGCUUCUCGAGAGCUGCCCCAAGAUAAAUUUCUCGACCACUACAACUCCAUAAACCAACGUAUCGCCCAGCUUAUCGUUACCGGAAAUGACGCGAACGAAAAAAUCGGUGGGCUACUUAUGCUCGACCGGUUAAUCGAGUUCGAUGGUGUGGAUACAGCACAGAAAACGACUCGAUUUGCUAGCUAUCUGCGAAGUGCUUUGAGGAGCAAUGAUAACUCAGUAUUGCUCUUUGCGGCGGGCUGUCUCGGGCAUUUGGCGAAACCCGGUGGUGCUUUAACUGCAGAGCUAGUUGAAAGUGAGAUCCAGUCAGCUCUAGAAUGGCUACAGACCGAAAGGCAGGAGAGCAGGCGCUUCGCGGCAGUCCUGGUCAUUCAAGAACUUGCAAAGGGCUCUCCAACUUUGCUGUACGGGUUUAUCCCGCAAGUCUUUGAUCUUAUUUGGGUCGCUCUACGUGAUCCCAAAGUGGUCAUUCGAGAAACUGCCGCCGAUGCCGUUAGUGAGUGUUUUGAAAUAAUAGCGGCCAGAGAUAGCGCAGUUCGUUCUCAGUGGUUUUCGAGAGUAUACGAGGAGUCUUUGCAAGGCCUACGAUCGAACAAUGUGGACUGGAUCCAUGGGUCACUUCUUACGUUGAAGGAGCUACUUCUCAAGGGUGCCAUGUUUAUGAACGAACAUUACCAUAACACUUGUGAAAUAGUGCUGCGAUUAAAAGACCACCGGGACCCCAAGAUUCGUGCUCAGAUUGUGCUUACCAUACCAGUUCUCGCCUCUUACGCCCCCCUCGAGUUCACCAAUACAUACCUUCAUAAAUUCAUGAUAUACCUUCAAGCACAGCUAAAACGAGACAAGGAAAGGAAUACUGCUUUCAUCGCCAUAGGAAAGAUUGCAAGUGCUGUUGGCCACGCCAUCGGUCAGUUCCUUGAUGGAAUCAUCGUAUAUAUCCGCGAAGGACUGGCCUUGAAAGCCCGAAAUCGCGCCGCUGUUAAUGAAGGCCCGAUGUUUGAAUGCAUUAGUAUGCUGUCUCUUGCGGUUGGUCAAACUCUUAGCAAAUACAUGGAGUCACUUCUCGACCCUAUUUUUGCCUGUGGCUUGAGUAAAUCCCUUACCCAGGCUCUUGUCGAUAUGGCACACUACAUCCCACCUAUCAGAGCUACUAUCCAAGAAAAGCUGCUGGACAUGCUUAGCAUUGUUUUAUGUGGAACGCCUUUUAGGCCAUUGGGAUGCCCGGAAAGCCGAUUACCCCCUAUACCUUCCUUUGCCAAGGACUUUGGCUCCUUACCUCAGGAUCGUAGUGAUAGCGAGAUAGCCCUCGCACUUCAUACACUUGGCAGCUUUGAUUUCUCUGGUCAUGUCCUUAAUGAAUUCGUUCGCGAUGUGGCCAUCAAAUUUGUUGACAGCGAUAGCCCUGAGAUCAGAAAAGCAUCUGCUUUAACUUGUUGCCAACUUUUCGUUCAUGACCCUAUCAUUAACCAGACAAGUGCUCACUCGAUACAGGUCGUUAGCGAGGUUAUUGAUAAACUACUCUCAGUUGGAGUCGGCGACCCCGAUCCUGAUAUCCGGCGAAAUGUGUUAUUCUCUCUGGAUAAGAAAUUUGACCGUCACUUGGCGAAACCAGAAAACGUUCGAUGUUUAUUCCUAGCUGUUAAUGAUGAGAUGUUCCCGGUACGAGAAGCAGCCAUCAGCAUCAUUGGCCGCCUCUCGAGCGUCAACCCGGCCUAUGUUUUCCCGCCUCUGAGGAAACUACUUGUGAAUCUUCUGACUGGCCUAAGCUUUGCUACAAACUCCCGGCAAAAGGAAGAAAGUGCCCAAUUAAUCAGCCUCUUCGUUUCAAAUGCUACCAAACUCAUUCGCUCCUAUGUUGACCCCAUUGUUACAACGCUAUUGCCCAAGACUUCAGACGGGAAUCCCGCGGUAGAAGCGACCACUCUCAAAGCCAUUGGAGAGCUUGCGACAAUUGGUGGUGAAGACAUGAAACAAUAUCUUCCUCAACUUAUGCCAAUAAUCCUGGAUUCACUACAAGACCUUUCCUCUCAGGCUAAGAGAGAGGCUGCCUUGAAAACUUUGGGUCAGUUGGCAAGUAACGCAGGUUAUGUCAUUGAACCUUAUAAAGAGUAUCCGCAGCUUCUUUCUAUUCUCAUCAACAUUAUUAAGACGGAGCAAACGGGCAGUCUAAGGAAAGAGACCAUCAAACUAAUUGGAAUACUGGGAGCGCUUGACCCUUACAAAGAUCAGCAAAUUAGUGAAACUUCUCCUGACGUUCAUUAUGUCAACGAAGUUCAGACUGUUUCCGAUGUUUCUCUUAUUAUGCAAGGCCUUACUCCUUCCAACGAGGAGUACUACCCCACCGUGGUCAUCAAUACUUUACUCCAAAACAUUCUGCGAGAGAGCUCUCUUGCCCAAUACCAUUCUGCUGUGAUUGACGCCAUUGUUACGAUGUUCAAAACCCUUGGGCUCAAAUGUGUCCCAUUUCUAGGCCAGAUAAUACCUGCAUUUAUAUCGGUCAUCAGAAGCACGCCGGUCAGCCGACUUGAAACGUAUUUCAACCAGUUGGCAAUCUUGGUAACGAUCGUCAAACAACAUAUCCGUGCAUUCCUCCCCGAAAUUAUCGAAGUCAUUCGUGACUAUUGGGGAUCUCCAUAUCCCGUACAAUGCACGAUACUAUCUCUAGUGGAAGCUGUUGCUAAGUCAUUAGAAGGCGAGUUCAAAAAGUACUUGGCCGCCCUUGUUCCGUUGAUGCUGGAUACUGUUGAAAAGGACAAUUCUGUCCGCCGCCAACCCACAGAGAGGAUCCUUCACACUUUCCUGAUCUUCGGCUCAAGUGCUGAAGAGUAUAUGCAUCGCAUUGUUCCCGCCAUUGUCAAAAUCUUCGAUAAGACUCAAAAUCCUUCCAACAUCCGAAAAUGCGCCAUGGAAACUCUGGCAAAACUCUCUCGACAGGUUAACGUAUCAGACUUUGCAUCUCUUAUGAUACAUCCGCUCUCAAGAGUUAUAAACAACGCCGAGAAACCACUCAGGCAAACUGCUUUGGACUGCAUUUGCACUCUUAUCUUCCAGCUUGGGCAGGAUUUCAAUAACUACGUUCCACUCAUCAACAAAGUUCUCAAGUUUAAUCAAAUACACCACCACAGUUAUCAUAUUCUUGUUUCCAAGCUACAGAAAGGGGAUCCAUUACCCCAGGACCUUAAUCCCAAUGAACACCAUAGCAAUCUUGUGGAGGAUUCAGCAUUUGCGGAUGUUGGCCAGAAGAAGAUAUUCGUUAACCAACAACAUCUCAAAAAUGCAUGGGACGCCACACAGAAGUCAACUCGAGAAGAUUGGCAGGAAUGGAUUCGGCGCUUCAGCGUCGAACUACUCAAAGAAUCCCCCUCCCAUGCCCUUCGUGCCUGUGCUAGCUUGGCUGGUAUCUAUCAGCCGCUUGCUAAGGAUCUUUUCAACGCUGCCUUCGUUUCCUGCUGGACGGAACUUUACCAUCAGUACCAGGAGGAAUUGGUUCACUCCAUCGACUUGGCACUUACUUCCCAGAAUAUCCCUCCUGAAAUCCUACAAAUACUUCUCAACUUAGCUGAAUUCAUGGAACAUGACGACAAAGCUCUACCAAUUGAUAUCCGGACUCUCGGGAAAUAUGCCGGUAAAUGUCAUGCAUUCGCAAAAGCAUUACAUUAUAAAGAACUGGAGUUCGAGCAAGACCAAAAUUCUGGAGCAGUGGAGGCAUUGAUUAGCAUCAACAAUCAUCUUCAACAGUCUGAUGCCGCAAUUGGUAUUCUCCGCAAGGCCCAGGCGUAUCGAGAUGUCGAGCUAAAGGAGACAUGGUUCGUGAAACUCCAGCGAUGGGAGGAAGCAUUAGCUGCUUAUAAGAGACGGGAGUUAAUCGACCCUGAUUCUUUCGAAGUUACCAUGGGUAAGAUGCGAUGUCUUCACGCUCUUGGCGAAUGGAAAAUGCUUUCAGACCUUGCGCAGGAGAAAUGGAAUCAAGCAUCGAAUGAGCACCGCAAGGCCAUCGCCCCACUCGCUGCUGCUGCUGCAUGGGGAAGAGGCCAAUGGGAGCUUAUGGAUUCAUACAUUGGGGUGAUGAAGGAGCAGUCGCCUGAUAGAUCGUUCUUCGGAGCAAUUCUCUCACUUCAUCGCAACCAGUUUGAAGAAGCGUCGGCUCUGAUAGAAAAGGCCAGAAAUGGCCUAGACACUGAGCUCUCUGCAUUGCUAGGUGAAUCAUACAACAGAGCUUACAAUGUUGUUGUCCGGGUGCAAAUGCUCGCUGAGCUGGAAGAAAUCAUUACUUAUAAAAGAAGUGUGGAUGACCCAGAAAAGCAAGAGGCAAUGAGAUUGACGUGGAAUAAACGACUUCUGGGUUGCCAGCAGAAUGUUGAGGUAUGGCAGCGUAUGCUCAAAGUCAGGGCACUUGUUAUCACUCCCCGUGAAAAUCUUGAUAUGUGGAUCAAGUUCGUCAAUCUAUGCCGCAAAUCGAACCGUAUGGGACUUGCAGAACGUUCUCUUAGUGCCUUAGAGUCUAUUGAGGCUGCAGAUGGUGGUAUCCCACCAGAAGUGACCUAUGCACGCCUUAAAUUUGAGUGGGCAUCUGGCCGACAGGCUGAAGCUCUCAAAGCCCUGGAGGAAUUUACUAUCUCUCUUACAGAAUCGUAUGGGCGGUAUAAUUCGAUUCUUUCUGCGCAAGACGAGCAUACGCCUACUGACGGGCCAGCCCUCACCAACGGUAUAAAUGAUUCCAACCAUACUAAUGCUGGAUAUUCAAAACAACAUCUCGGUGAUGCCAAUAAUAUCCGACGUCUUCUUGCAAAGAGCCAUCUUAAACAGGGAGAAUGGCAAACGGUGUUACAACGCGGUGAUUGGAGAUCAGAUGGUGUCCGUGAUGUUCUAAACUCGUAUUCUGCGGCUACACAAUAUAACCGCGACUCGUACAAAGCGUGGCAUGCCUGGGCUCUCGCGAACUUCGAAGUGGUAAACUCCCUAACGGCUCAGCCAGAGAGGGAGCCUCCUCAUCACAUCAUCCUCGAACAUGUCAUGCCUGCAAUACGUGGAUUUUUCCGGUCAAUCGCACUCCUACCAUCAAGCACAUUGCAAGAUGCGCUUAGGCUGCUGACACUUUGGUUCACCCAUGGUGGCGAUGCUGAAGUCAACGCUGCCGUCGUGGAAGGCUUCUCAACUGUGAGCAUCGAUACCUGGCUUGAAGUUACUCCUCAACUCAUUGCCCGCAUCAAUCAACCCAAUCCUAAGGUACGCACUGCUGUACAUCGAUUAUUGGCUGAGCUGGGCAAAGCUCACCCCCAAGCGCUGGUUUACCCCUUAACUGUCGCAACUAAAUCCAACGUGGUGCGCCGUUCCCAGUCUGCCAUGACCAUCAUGGACAGCAUGAGGGCGCAUAGCUCACGAUUGGUUGAACAAGCUGAAGUUGUCAGUGGUGAGCUAGUGCGUGUGGCAGUAUUAUGGCACGAACUAUGGUAUGAGGCAUUGGAGGAGGCCUCUCGGCUCUUCUUUACCGACCACGAUGUGGAAGGUAUGUUGUCCACUCUUGCGCCUCUCCACGACAUGCUCGAUAAGGGUGCAGAGACCUUAAGAGAGGUAUCUUUUGCUCAGGCUUUUGGGAGAGACUUAGCCGAAGCCAAACACUUCUGCAACUUGUACCGGGAAACUGGAGAAAUGGGCGAUCUCAACCAAGCUUGGGAUCUCUACUACAAUGUGUUCCGCAAGAUCUCCCGACAAGUAACGCAAAUCAAAUCGCUUGAUCUAAAAUACAUUUCACCCAAGCUCAAGGACGUUGUCGAUCUUGACUUGGCUAUACCUGGCACAUACCAAAGUGGACGACCCGUUAUCCGAAUACAAAGCUUUGACAGUGUUGCUAUUGUUGUGCAGACUAAGAAGAAACCCAGAAAGAUGAUCAUCAGGGGAAGUGACGGAAACUCAUACAUGUAUGCGCUCAAGGGUCAUGAAGAUAUUCGACAAGAUGAACGUGUUAUGCAAUUGUUUGGUCUAGUCAACACUCUCUUAGACAACGAUAGCGAGUGUUUCAAACGUCACUUAACGAUUCAACGGUUCCCUGCCAUUCCCCUGUCACAAAAUUCUGGUUUAAUAGGAUGGUGCUGCAAUACCGACACGCUUCACGCUCUCAUCAAAGAGUACCGUGAGAGCCGUCGCAUUCUGCUUAAUAUUGAACACCGAAUUAUGCUCCAGAUGGCUCCUGAUUAUGACAAUCUGACUCUCAUGCAGAAAGUGGAAGUGUUUGGUUACGCGAUGGACAAUACCACUGGAAAAGAUCUUUACCGAGUCCUAUGGUUGAAAAGUAAAAGCUCCGAGUCGUGGCUCGAACGACGAACGAAUUAUACCCGAUCUCUCGGAGUUAUGUCAAUGGUUGGGUAUAUCCUUGGCUUAGGUGACCGUCAUCCGUCGAACUUGCUGCUUGAUAGGAUUACAGGAAAGAUAGUUCACAUUGAUUUUGGCGACUGCUUCGAGAUCGCGAUGCAUCGUGAGAAGUAUCCAGAACGGGUACCAUUCAGACUAACCCGUAUGCUUACAUUUGCCAUGGAAGUCAGCAAUAUCGAGGGUAGUUUCCACAUUACUUGUGAGGCGGUCAUGCGUGUUAUUCGCGAAAACAAAGAGUCUCUUAUGGCCGUUCUUGAAGCUUUCAUUCACGACCCUUUAAUCAACUGGCGUCUAGGAGCACGGGAAUCUCCCGCCCGCCUUUCAAUCCUGGAUAGGCACCCGCCCACAGAGUCUAACAUGGAUAACCCCAUCCAGCCGACUACCUUCUCCCGCCGCCGCCCAUCAAUACUUGAUGGUGGCAUUCUUGAUGCUCAACAAGGCAUCCCCAACGAAGGACGUGAAGUGCAGAAUGCGCGAGCCCUUCAAGUACUUGGAAGAGUCAAGGAGAAGUUGACUGGCCGCGACUUCAGAACGCCUGAUGAACUCAAUGUUAGCGACCAGGUCGACAAACUUCUAGUCCAAGCCACAAGUGUAGAAAACUUGUGUCAGCAUUACAUCGGUUGGUGCAGUUUUUGGUAA